GGUGGGCAGGGCACUGGACCGUGGGAUGUUUGUUCAGCUGCCGUCGGAAGGCAAACACAGCCCUGCUGUCCCCUUAGUGCUUCGAUACCGAACAGCAGCGCGUCCCGCUUGAGAAAGGGCUUCUGAAACUCUGUCAGGAAUAAUGCCUGCUGGGCUGGUCAGCCUGCUGCCCGAAGUUGAGGGAGUGUCUUCCAGGGAGAGUUACCUUUGUUUUCUAUGCGUGGUAGUAGGUUUAAAUAAUCCUCAUGACAAGGAGAGGUUGGGGAAUUGGUCUUUUAAUAGACAGUGUAGACAAGCUAUGAAAAAGAAAAGUUUUAGAAAUAGGUGGAAUAACGAGGAAUGGAAGGAGUGACCCUUCCUCUCCCAACUCCCAUAUGAUUCUUUUUAUGCAAGUGCUGAGUGAAAAACAUAUACAGUCUUGGUGGUUUAAAUGCCCUUUAUGCAUGUGUUGCAAUAUAUCAGAUACCCGUAUUUCCUUUUUUAAAAUGAAGGAUUGAUUCUUCAGAGUUUGGGCUCUUUGACUCUGACCAAGAACUUAUAAGUUAAACUCAAAGGGAGUUGUACUGGUGAAACUACCCAGGUUAGUGUUUGAAACAAAAAGAGUAUGUUAGUUUUUCUCUUAAGAUUUCACUUCUUUUGAGCUACCACAAAUACACCUUUAGUGACCACCUGUAAUGACCAUGUUGUCCCAUUUGGCUUAAAACAGGUCUAGACUUUAUGGUGAUUAUUGAGGUGCUAGCCUAUCUACUGCUUCAUGUAUACAGGAAAAGUAGUGAGAACACAGUUGGCUGCAGAACAGCAAUUGCCCAGAGCUAUCCUUUGGGAUUUCUAAAAAUGAAAGGCACAGAGGCACUCAUGAUUGAGUCUGUCCACCCCUACUGAGAACUGCAAACAAAUCACCAAAAUCCAUCUAGUUUGUAGUACCACAAUAUAUGUGAAGAAAAUCACCUUGAGUGAUCCCCUUUUACAUCUCUGGUUAAUAUGCAAUUGACUAAUGAAACAAGUGGAACUUCACAAAUUCAGGACUAAAACUGAUUCAUGAUUAGGGCCAAGAAAAUGAUUUGUUGGCAGUUAUCUGCAUGUACUUUCCUAAUGCUUUGAGGAUUUCUGCAUUCCUAUCAAUAAACAUGGUGAAAAAUCAGAGUCGUUUGGUAGGUGCCUUGGAUGCAGUGCUAGAUUCUAAUGCACGUGUUGCUCCAUUUCGAAUUUUACUUCAAGUUCCGGGAUCACCUGUUUAUUCUGCCAUAGCAUGUGGUGAGUUAUUGAAUGGAUCAGAAGUUUACUGGGCCAUAGCUACUGGUGCCACUUUAGAAGAGAUAAAUCAGCACUGGGAAUGGCUGGAGCAAAACUUACUCCAUACUUUGUCUGUUUUUGACAAUAAAGAAGAUAUUGUUAGUUUUGUCAAAGGAAAAGUAAAGGCACUGAUAGCGGAGGAGACCAGCAGUAAACUAGCACAGCAGGAGGAGGAUCCUGAGAAGUUUCGAGAGGCACUAGUGAAAUUUGAAGCCAGAUUUAAUUUCCCGGAAGCAGAGAAGUUAAUUACCUAUUACUCAUGCUGCUGCUGGAAGGGUAAAGUUCCUCGCCAAGGCUGGCUCUAUCUGAGCAUCAAUCACCUGUGUUUUUAUUCCUUCUUCCUAGGCAAAGAAUUAAAACUCCUAAUUCCCUGGGUCGAUGUUCAGAAAUUGGAAAGAACCUCCAACGUCUUUAUGACUGAUAUCAUCCGUAUCACCACAUCAAAUAAAGAACGAGAUUUCUCCAUGUUCCUUAAUAUUGAUGAGGCAUUCAGGAUAAUGGAGCAGCUGGCAGAUGUGACGCUCCGAAGGCUACUGGAUAAUGAGAUCUUUGAACUGGAUCCAGGCCUCCAGGAUCCUACUCAGAUUACAAAAAGGGUUCUCGAAGCCAGAGCACAGAACGAAUUCUUUCGGGCCUUCUUCAGACUGCCAGGGAAGGAGAAGCUACAUGAAGUUGCAGACUGUUCUCUGUGGACUCCGUUUAGCCGCUGUCACACAGCAGGAAGGAUGUAUGCUUCAGACAGCUAUGUCUGUUUUGCCAGCAAAGAAGGUGGAUGCUGCAAUGUUCUCAUCCCCCUGAGAGAGGUGGUUAGUGUAGAGAAGAUGGAGGACACUAGUCUCCUGCCGAAUCCCAUCAUUAUUAGUAUAAGGAGUAAGAUGGCCUUUCAGUUCAUUGAGUUGAAGAACAGGGAUAGCUUGGUGGAGAACCUGCUUCUGAGACUAAAACAAGUCAACGCCAGCAACCCAGUGCACUAUAACUGCGUGGAUAAAAAGGAAACGAACUCUCUCAUGUUUGUUUCAACAUGUGUGUUGAGUGACUGUGAGUCCCAGGAUUUGGGAACAGUGGCUUCCCAAAGUGAAGACAAGAAUGAAGGUGAAAAGGAGAACAGUCACUUGUUAAAUGCAGAGGUACUAAGAUCAGUUUUUCACCAGUCAGGAGCUGAAAGUCUUGACUUCAGGAUGUCCAGGGAACAAAUAAAAGAGAGGCUGUGGAAUGACCAUUUUGCAGAAUAUGGCAGAACUGUCUGUAUGUUUCGCACUGAGAAGAUUAGAAAGCUGGUUGCAAUGGGAAUUCCAGAAUCUUUAAGAGGCAAACUCUGGAUCCUCUUUUCAGAUGCCAUGUCUGAUCUUGCCUCCCAUCCUGGUUACUACAGAAAUUUAGUGGAGGUGUCAAUGGGCAAGUGUUGCAUGGCGACUGAGGAGAUAGAAAGAGACCUGCAUCGUUCGUUGCCUGAGCACCCGACCUUCCAGAAUGAAACUGGGAUAGCAGCCCUGAGGAGAGUUCUGACAGCAUAUGCACAUAGGAACCCCAAAAUAGGAUACUGCCAGUCUAUGAAUAUUUUGACCUCUGUGUUGUUGUUGUAUGCGGAAGAGGAGGAAGCUUUUUGGCUGCUUGUUGCGGUGUGUGAGAGGAUGCUGCCAGAUUACUUUAAUCACCGAGUGAUAGGUGCUCAGGUAGACCAAUCAGUAUUUGAAGAGCUUAUAAAAGAACGACUUCCAGAACUGGCUGACCACAUAAAAGAUCUGUCCACCUUGGCUUCCAUUUCCCUUUCGUGGUUCCUUACCCUGUUCCUCAGUAUCAUGCCCCUAGAAAGUGCUGUGAAUGUUGUCGACUGCUUCUUCUAUGAUGGAAUCAAAGCCAUUUUCCAGUUAGGCUUGGCUAUUCUUGAAGCCAAUGCAGUAGAACUAUGUAACAGCAAGGAUGACGGGCAUGCCUUGAUGAUUCUUAGCAGGUUUUUAGAUCAUGUUAAAAAUGAGGAAAGCCCUCUACCACCAAUCAGUAAUCAACAUGCCUUUUUCAGUGAUGAACAGGAGCCCUGCCCAGUGACUGAAAUAGCUGAUCUAAUCCAUGAUUCCUAUGAGAAAUUUGGUGACCACUCUGUGGAACAGAUAGAGCAUAUGCGCUAUAAACACAGGAUUCGUGUUCUGCAAAGCCAUGAGGAUACAACCAAACAAAAUGUGCUCCGAGUUGUCAUCCCAGAUGUUUCAAUUCUCCCUGAAGAUUUAGAGGAGCUAUAUGACCUGUUUAAGAGAGAGCAUCUAAUGAGCUGCUACUGGCAAUGGAUGGGCCCAGUAAUUGAGCGACAUGACCCAAAUCGACCUUAUGCUGAGCAGUACAGAAUAGACUCUCAGCAGUUCACUAACCUUUAUGAACUUGUCUCACCAUGGACAUGCGGGGAGCACACUAAAGUUUUAGCUGAAAGGACAUUCCGACUCCUGGAUGAAAACAUGGACCGUCUCAUUGAAUUCAAAGGAUUUGCUAGCUGUUUAGAUGUUAUGUACAAUGGAGAAAUGAAUGAAAAGAUAAACAUGUUAUACAGGCUGCAUAUCCCUCCUGCUCUCACAGAAAAUGAGAGAGACAGUCAGUCACCACUAAAGAAUCCUUUAUUGUCUACUUCGAGGCCACUAGUACUUGAAAAAGCAAAUGGUGAUACAGUAGAUUACCAGAAGCAACUGAAGCAGAUGCUUAAAGAUUUAGCCAAAGAAAAGGAUGCUAAAACUGAAAAAGCAAUGCCUAAAAUGAGCCAGAGGGAAUUCAUCCAGUUCUGCAAAACCUUGUACAGCAUGUUUCAUGAAGAUCCAGAGGAAAACUAUUUGUAUCAAGCCAUUGCUACUGUGACCACUUUACUACUACAGAUUGGAGAAGUGGGUCAAAGAAGCAGCAGCUUGGGAAGUGGAUCAGAUGAAUUUACUGAGGACCUACAGCCUGAGGCCUCUGCCCAGGACCCUGUUUUCACUGACACUGUGAAGACUACACAUAAAGAAACUCAAGCGUUACCUGUGACUGAAGGGAACUGGAUUAUCUCCUUUGAACAAAUUUUAGCAUCACUCUUGACCGAACAGUCAUUAGUAAAUUUCUUUGAAAAGCCUUUAGAACUGAAACCAAAAUUGGAGAAUGCUAAGCUAAAUCAAUAUACUCUCAAAACAAAUGGAAAGAGCAGCCAGUCACUAGCUGAACCUGUAAUAAAUACACAGUAGCAAAUUUACCUGAAAGUAACUGCACUGAAGUUACAUCAAAGCACAUUUUGUGAAGGAAAAGCAAGUUUAUAAACCAGUUAAUUGUUUUGCUUGCUUUAAAAGCUGAAGGGGUGUAGUUUGUGCCAUUGAUUUAUUAAACAUGUCUGAAUGUAAAGGAAACAUCUGUCUGCACUGUGAAAACUCUGAAGACCCAUUAUGUACUGAGAGAACAGAAGCUGGUUCCAGUAGUCUUGUUACCCAGCUUUUUUUUUUUUAAUUUGGGGAAAACUCAACUAUUGUCUACAGUUUAUGUGGUGGUUUGGGUUUUUGUUUUGUUUGCACUAAUCCUGAGGACUUGUUUCAAUGCUGGUAAUUGAAACUAUUUUAAUAUUUUUGAUUGUAUUCAGAUUUGAAUGUCUUGCUUAUGUUAAGUGUACAUUGGACUGCUUCUGAUCUGUGAAAAGAUGCACUUUUCAAUUAAACCUUUUUGUACUGGAUUUUAACGUCUCGAAAGUAGGGGUACUGUAUCAUCUCUUCAACUAAGGAAUACUUCAUGAAGUACUUGCAUGAUACUCCCUCUAACUCUCCUGUGCAAAGAGUACUUUUCAAAAUGGGGGAUAAUACUGUGUGUUACUUUUCAUGCUUUAAGGAGAUGUAACUUACCAAAAAAGGAACCCACCCCCUACCAUCCCUCAGAUACCAGACAUUACCAUAGAACACUAAAAAUCAAGUGUCUUGCUUCUAAUGUAGAUGUUUGAGGAUACAGAAGACAUGAGAGAAUCUCUACACUGCAGCAGAGAUCAGGGUUUAAGCUGCAAAGGAUAAACCUAACUGUGGAUGGUCCCUAGUCAAGUUCUUUUUCCUCAACUUCCUAGGGUUGUUUAAUUACAGAUUGGGUGGGAAAAAAAUCUCUCUUCUUUUUUGGUUGUGAAUUUCCUUCUAAUUUCACUGACUAUCUCCUUGUUUUGAGGUGGGUACAAGAUGCUGCUUUACUUCUUAUAAUGUAAACAAUAUUUUUUAGAAAGACUGGUAGCAGAAGAAUUAAAAUAACACCCCAAUAAAACAUGUAGAAAUUUCAGAUGGCUCACCACCAAA